AUGAUUCCUAUAGGUCUAGAAAAAGACACCAACACAAAUCAUGUUGGGUCCUUGUUUGAAAAUGAAAUUUGGACCUUGGUUGCGAGAUAUGAUCCAUUAAGUGUCACGCCUAAGGCUGGCUUCUCUUGGGUAUGGUUGGAAGUUGGAAGUUCAGAGGAACCUGUUUCAUCCUCAAAGACUUUAGAGAGGGUAACAGAAAAGACAGAGAAAAAUCGCUUGGCUAGAAAAUUUGCUGAUUUGGGGCUGCACUACUACAAUGACACUAACAGGAGUAGGAAGUAG